CGUAGCUAUUAACAGUGUAUAGGCUGAAUGUAACUCUACCCAAUGGGCUUAACUCAUUUUUAUUCUCUUUAUUUUAAUAGAAGGUCCUUUCUCAAAAAAGAAAAAAAAACCUCCCAUAUUUUACCGACUUGAGAACUCUUUUCUCUCGCCGGGCCCAAUGGGCCUAAUCCUUGGCUCUUUUCUCACGUCAGACCCAAGCUCUCUAUCACCGGAUACGCCGCAUCUCUCUCUCUCAAAACGAUUAGAGAAUGAUGCAAAGCCUUGGACAAUACUCAAAACGAUUUCUCUCGUUCAGGAAAACACAGGCGAUUAUUCAGUUCACGCGUACCCUAAAGUCGGCGAAGCUGAAUGACACUUUACGUAGUCGGGUCAUGGCGGUGGAAAACAGGUUCCCGUUCCUAUGGAGAGUUAAGGUCACACCUGUGUUGAAUGAAUGGCUGAAACAAGGCAAUGAAAUAAACCCUACGGAUCUUAGAGCCGUCAUCAAAGCUCUCUGCGAGUCUCAGCGAUUCGACUACGCCCUCCAGGUCUCGGAGUGGAUAACAAAACGAGGGGUUUUUGAGAUAAGCACUGAAGAUGUUGCAUCUCGGCUUUAUCUCAUUGAGAUUCAUUCAGGGUUGAGCGAAGCAGAGAACUUCUUCAAAAGCAUUCCCGAGAACAUGAAAGACGACUUAGUCUACACCACUCUCUUAAGCUUCUACACAAAAGACAAGGAAACACGACACGAAGCCGAAGCCACUUACCAGAAGAUGAGGGAGAAAAAUCUGCUCUUCAAGCCUAACCCUUACUACAAGAUGAUCUCUCUAUACGGCCUUCUUGGAGAAACAAAUAUGGUCGACGAGAUUCUGAGGCAGAUGAUAGAAAACGGAGUUCAGCAUGACAUAACUCUCACGUCCAAUAACGUUUUGAAGGCUUACGCGAGUGUCCCUGAUGUGGAGGCAAUGGAGAAGUUUCUGAAAAGAAUCGAAUAUGAAACGCCACCGUUUGCAUUGGCUUGGCAAACGGGGAUAAGCAUGGCGAAGGCUUACUUAAAAUGUGGUUCAAAUAGAAAAGCGAUAGAGAUGUUGCGUAGAACAGAACAAGUAGUUGAUGCAAAGUCGAAAGACGCGGCGAACAAGGUGUUAAUGGAGAUGUAUGGGGAGGCCGGAGCAAAACGAGAUGAGGCCCGCCUCUAUAUCAGUCAGAAUGCUAAGCAAAGACAGAGAAAGGGGGCGUGUCGAUGUAAAGGAAGUGGCGGACGAAGCUCUCACCACCCGGGAUAUUACUAUGGUGGCUGUGGUGGUGGAUGUGGCAGUAUACGUGGUGGUGGGGAUGGUAGCCGCGCUGAUGAUAACGGUGGUGGUGAUGGUACCCGCGCUGAUGAUAACGGUGGUGGUGUCGGUGCUGAUAAUGACGGUGACGGUGGCGGUGGAUGUGGUGGUGGUUGCGGUGGAUGUGGUAGCUGGGAUUGAGAGUAGAAAACCAAGUAGAGAGUCAUUGGUCAUGUUUUCGUUAAAAUAAUGGUUUACUUAAUUACCGUCGAAUGUUUUAAUAUAUAAUAUGACUUAACCAUAUUGCCAACAUCGUGUUCUACAUCUUGUCCAGCAACUUUAAGAUAUUUUUAAUGCACCAAUACGCAACAUUUGGAUUCAAAUCCCAGAAGACUUAUUAUUUAUGUAUAGAGGUCUGAAUAAAAUCGUCAACAACUUCAAUUCUCAAGUAGAUGUUCAUAUUGUAAAUACCAUUGCUUUGAAUCCCACUGAACUUUAGCAACCAAAAUAUUGGAGAUGGGCUUCACUCCAUCGAAUCAAUAGAACUUAUUAAACAAUGGAUUCGGCAUAUAUAAAAGAAUGGCAAUGUUUUUAAAACCAGACCCGGUUACGGUUUAAUAUCUGGAUUACAGUUUAAUAUGGUUGGAAUGGGUUCAAUUAGGUUCAACCAAAUUCAAUUUAAUGAUAUUUUGUAAAUAAUAUACAUAUUAUUUACAAAAAUCAUAUCAAAUAAAAUGUUUCAGUAACCAAAUGUAAUACAAAGUUAUAAAAUAAUU